AUGAACAAACUAAGGGGGCUUGGCGAUGAUCCGGCCGUUUGGGAUGGCGUCAAGAUUGAAAAGAGUUCGAAGAUGAAGUUUCCCAAAGAGCCACAAGAACCAAAAGGUUUAGUGGACCCUGGAGACCUUUUCAAAAGUGGAAAACAUGAAGGAAAGUAUAGUGAUUUCGACAGCAAAGGGGUCCCAACAAAGAUGGAAGAUGGCUCAGAGAUCGAUGAAAAGAAAAAGGCAUCAUUGCAAAAAGAAUCUGACGCAGCUAGGAAGAAAUGGGAUGCACAUCAAGCAGCAGUGGCCAAGUAUCACCGAGACCUGGAACUGUUCGAGAAGCAACAGGAUGGAGAGGAAGGGGUUCCGGAGAAACAAAAAACUGCUGCAUGCGAGGCCGCUGCAGUUGGCAUUUUGCGCAAGCUUGUGGAUAAAGUCAUAUCGAAGCAUGCAGUGGACUUAGCCAGUGAGAUUAAUCAAGGUUCCAGGGAUCCCGACGAGCUUGCCUCUUUGGUUGUCAAGGUGUCGCUUGAGCAUGAAGACAAAACUACGGAUCCCAUACUGAAAGCAUUGAAAACAGUCGACAAGAAGAAGCGCAGUGGGAAAACGCAAAUUGAAGAAUUGCCAGAAGUGUUUAGGCUGCUGAAAGAGGACGAGUUGCAAGUUGGAAGCCACGUGUGUUUCGGAGAUAUCACUGAAGACGAGAUCAACUUCAUAACAGGCUGCCUGGAGGGCCAUGAUGAUGGCAUAGGUCAUGAGGAUUUGAAGGCUUUCCUGGAGAAUCAAGACUUGGAGGUGAUAGAUGGAAAGGCCACUACAUUAGCCGGUUGUUUGGUUGCCAUGCGUUUGGAGAGCUUCCAGACUGACCGUGGUGUGGAGCGAUUGAUGAGCCCUAGAACAUGGCGAAUUCAGCUUGGUACAAGUCUUCCAGCUGAGAGCGCAGCUGAAUCAAAUCAGGAGCCAGCUCAAGCAAACCAUGGUGCAAAAGAAACUGACGAAACCAAAGGGGCCGAUGAAGCGAAAGAAGGUCAAGAAAAAGGAGUGACGGAAAAGAAGGACAAAAAGGAGAAGAAGGAGAAGAAAGACAAGAAAGAAAAGAAAGACAAAAAAUGA